GUCACGUGGAGACGACAGAGUCCACUUCGGUCUGUCCAAACAGAGCGUGAGCUGCUAGCUGUCUGUCUGUUUGAGCGCCGCUCGGUGCUAAACUGAUUCAUGUUGUUUUUGAGCCACCCGUCCCUUUAAACCAGACUAUUUUAUCGAAGAAUGAGUGAUAACGAUGAUAUCGAAGUCGAUAGUGACGAAGACUCACCGAGAUAUCACUGUGUGGCAGACAAACGGGCUCACCACAAUGCGCUGGAGCGCAAGCGUAGGGACCACAUCAAAGACAGCUUUCACAGCCUCCGGGACUCGGUACCGGCCCUGCAGGGAGAAAAGGUUGGUAAAGCCCAGACUCAGUCUGCCAAACAGGCGUCUCGAGCCCAAAUCCUAGACAAAGCCACAGAGUACAUCCAGUACAUGAGGCGAAAAAAUCACACGCACCAGCAGGACAUCGACGACCUGAAGAGGCAGAACGCGCUGCUGGAGCAGCAAGUCCGUGCUCUGGAGAAGGUGAAGGGCUCCACCCAGCUCCAGGCCGGGUACUCGUCGUCUGACAGCAGCCUGUACACCAACCCCAAAGGCAGCGCCGUGUCAGCGUUCGACGGCGGCUCCGACUCCAGCUCCGAGUCGGACGCCGAGGAGCCGCCCAACAGGAAGAAGCUCCGCGGGGAGGCCAGCUAGAGAGCGGCGGCCCAGGUCCGGACAGAGCCGAGGCAGCGUGCAAAGGGGAGGCUCCUCCGGUGGUUCGAGGCUCAUCAAACCCUCCCUCCUCCACGCCGACGACCGCCGCCGCCCCGCCCCCCCUCGCUGGCCUCCUCAUCUCGCCUCCAUCGCCGUGUGGCUCACUGGAGACUCAUGGUCCCUCAAACCUCCACAAACCGCUGCCACAAUCGUGUCACUUUGUCCACCUCGUCUCCCAAACAGGAAGGUGGAAGUCGGGUGGGUGGAAGACGACCACUUCAGUUCUUCUAGAGGUUGAAGGCUCCCCCCCCUUCCAAUCCUCUCUACGUUUUUGGUUCAUUGGUCUCCUCCCCCACAAGCAACGUCAACAAUCUAGAACCCAAAAAGAGGCAGCUCGGCUACUUAAGGACUUGAUGCUUUUUUGUACCCUCUAUAAGGAUCCCUCUUCCUCCCCGUGUUGUGUUUUUUUCUGGGGGGAGGAGGGUGCGUCAGGUGUACCCUUCGAAGCACUGCUAUUAUAUAUUUGUUUUUGUUAUUAUCAAUUAAAAAACAUGUUUAGAAAUGUACACACACACCUAGAUGAAUUGUCCUGAAGACGUUUACCUUUUUAAAAUAAAUCUAAAACAUUUGUAGCUUAUACUUUUUCCACUAAAGAAUGUGAAGACGCAACUGUUAGUGAAACCCACCUCAGGCCCACUGGAUCGCAGGAGUUUUCUGCCCGACACGUUUGUUAACACAAGAUUAAACAUAAGAAAACAUGACUCCUUUUGUUGAAAUUUAAUGUUUUGAAAUCGAGUACUCCUAAACUUGUAUCGUAUUUUGUCCUAUAGCUUGAAGUAGUGAAUGACGUUAGGUGGCUGAAGACGUUAAGCAUCUCGUUUUAUAUAUCAUAAAAAGCAUUAAUUGGAUGUUUUUCAAGUUCAAAAGUAUGUUAUGCAUUUUGUAGUCAACUCACAAGUUUUGGGAAAAUGCCAAUUUGUCACUCGUAGUUUUCCUUACGGAUAUGAAAUAGGUAUUGAAUGUCAAACAGUAGCUCCCGCCUUUUGCAGUACAAGGAAGCGGAUUAAUCCCUGUCAAUGUGUUUUCAAUGUGCUGUGCUUUACACAGUGAAAAUCAAUGUUGCUGAAUCCCCCAAGGGAAAAAGGAAGCAUUUUGCUUUUCUAGGAAUCGUGUGUGUAUGUAUAUUGUUUCCAUUUUAUUUCUAUUUAGGAUAUAAUUAGUGUAAUAGGUCUUUUUGUCUGAUUCCAUUCCAUGGAAAUUACAAGUAUGUUGUACAUACUGUCAACAAUUGUCUUGCAAGUUGAGGCCUACCUUUACUAUGAGACUAUAAAAUAAACUAUUUUAUCCUUUAA